AUGGGUGAAACAAAAAUGUGGCUUUCAAGUUCAAAUAGUAACAGGGGAAGACGAGGAGGAAGGAACGGCCUAGUUGCCGUGGCCAUCGAUAAAGACAAAGGAAGCCAAAACGCUCUCAAAUGGGCUUGCGAGAAUCUCGUCACCAGAGGCCAAACCGUUAUUCUUAUCCACGUCAUCCAAAGAUCGCAUUCCGUAAUGCCAUCGUUUGGAAAAUACGUGGUCAAUGGUCUCAAUGGCGCGAAAAAUGCUCAAAAGAAUGUGCUUGAGAAGCAGACGAAAGAGCUAUUGCUCACCUUUCAUUGCUAUUGUACUCGUAAAGAUAUACAAUGUUUAGAUGUCGUCUUGGAAGAUACGGACAUAGCAAAAGCAAUAGCAGAAUGUAUGGCUCAUGCUGCAAUCGAGAAUCUGGUUCUUGGCGCGUCUCACCAUGGAUUUAUCAAGAGAAUGAAGACAGUGGACAUACCGACUAAGGCAUCAAAAGCAGCACCCGAUUUCUGCACGGUUUACGUCAUCUCGAAAACAAAGAUAUCUUUUGUCAGGAAUGCAUCCCGCCUGGCGCCAUUUGUGUCCCCUCUCUUAGCACAAAUACAGCAAAUAGAGGAACAGGCAAACAAAACCGAAACUUUAAAUGCCGAUAAUCUGUCCAAGCGCACACCAAGCAUGAGAGAAUAUCCGAUGCAGGACGAUGCUCAAGCUGAAAUGAGAAGGCUGAAGCUUGAGCUGCAGAGGACCAUGGAAAUGUACAGCACAGCAUGUAAAGCAGCUCUAACAGCAGAACAAAAGGCAAUGGAGCUUCACAGGUGGCGAGAGGAGGAAGAACGAAGGCUAGAAGAGGCCCGUCUAGCCGAGGAAUCGGCCCGUCUAACUGCCGAGCAAGAGAAAGCCAAGUACAAAGCGGCCUUGGAAAAUGCGCAAAGAGCAGCAGAAAAUGAGUCCCAAAAGAGAGUGAGUUCCGAGACGAAGGUCUCAGACGAGAGGGCUCAGAGUCCGUUGGCCAUGAGAUACAGAAGGUACACUACAGAUGAGAUCGAGAAAGCCACCGAGUUUUUUUCUGAGAAGCUUAAAGUUGGGGAAGGUGGCUAUGGCCCAGUGUACAAGUGCCACCUGGACCAUACACCAGUUGCCGUUAAGGUCCUCCGGCCAGAUGCCGUUCAGGGAAGGUCGCAGUUUAAUCAAGAGGUCGAGAUCUUGAGCUGCAUGAGGCACCCGAACAUGGUACUCCUCCUCGGCGCAUGCCCCGAGUACGGCUGCCUUGUAUACGAGUACAUGUCGAACGGCAGCCUCGAGGACCGUCUCUUCCGCCACUCUGGCAGACCUCCGCUGACCUGGCAGCUCCGAUUCUGCAUAGCCGCCGAAGUUGCAACGGGGCUCCAUUUCCUCCACCAGGCCAAGCCCGAGCCUUUGGUCCAUCGAGACCUCAAGCCCGGUAACAUCCUCCUCGACCACAACUUUGUGCCAAAAAUCGGUGAUGUGGGCCUGGCCCGUCUCGUCCAGCCUUCCUAUGCCGCCAGCGAGGACUCUGUCCACCUCCGCAUGACAUCAGCUGCCGGGACAUUCUGCUAUAUUGACCCAGAGUAUCAGCAGACAGGCAUGCUUGGGGUCAAAUCGGACCUUUACUCGUUCGGGAUUAUACUUUUGCAGCUGCUGACAGCUAAGCCAGCUAUGGGGUUGGCUCACCAUGUGGGCCGGGCUGUCGAGCGGCGGGCUUUGAAGGAGGUUUUGGACCUGGAUGUGCCGGAUUGGCCCGAAGAGGAGGCCAUGAGGCUUGUGAGAUUGGGCCUGAGGUGUGCGGAGAUGAGGAGGAAAGAUCGUCCGGAUCUCGGUAAAGUUGUCUUGCCGGAGCUUAUUAGGCUGAGGGAGUUUGCUGAGGAGAAUAUGGGGCAGUUUCUUGUGGAUGGCAUGGCCCGUUUUUCCGUAGGUCGAGUUUCUGCGGAUCGUAAUAAGGUAAUGAAGAGUGAGCCUAAAGUAAAACUUAAAUAUAGCACACCAAAAGCCUGUCUGAGUACAGCAUCUCUACCAGACAACCUAUCUGCUUGUACUAGAACAGGAGUAGCCAAAGAUGCCCUGAAGCUUACUGUCUGCUAUACAGUUUUGUGA